AUGGAUACAGUUCUGGAUAAAUAUGGGAUACUAGUUUGUUUUGUUAUGGUAUUUUUAGCAGGAACUUCGCUUGCAGGUCCUUGGCCAGCUCCAUACAAACGCUAUACUGUAAGACCUCAGUCGAACCCAUACUGUAAUGCAGGUGUCAUUUCUUUCUGCCCGACGGGCGAGCCAGAUAAUAUCAUGCCCGAAUUCAAUCCCGGUGAUGUCAUAGAAAUAUAUGCUCUGAAGAAACCCGUCUGGCAAUUUAAAUUUGGUGAUGUCCUUGGAAAAUUAAACAUAAUGCACGAUGCUUUAGGAUUUAAAAAUGUAAACACUGGUAUGAAUUACACCAUGGAAUGGUAUGAGCUAUUUCAACUGAUGAACUGUACGUUUGCACAUGUGCUUAAAAAUGAGACAAUACAGUGGUGUAAUCAAGGAGCUGUGUGCAUCUACCCUGGAAUCAAGGACAGAUUGUGGUCGGAAAAUGGAACAUUAGCAAAAAUAGCAACAACUACAGGAUCAGUUUUCAAUAGUUUUUCUGACUGGGUGCUUUGGGAUAACAGGACUGGUCUGUUCUACGAAACAUGGACUGUGAAAGAUAAACCAGAUGGGAAUACUUGGUUUCAGCCUUUUGACUGUGCUAGCUGGGUGAUACGUGCCUUGGAUGAAUUUGGUCGACUUGGUGUCAGUUUUAAUCAAAGUAUUAAUUUGAAUUAUACCAAAAUUAAUCUCUAUUCUGCUCAACCAGAAUAUUUAGGAACUUCUGCAGAAGUGUUUGAUAAAAAUGCAAAUAAAACAAUGCAGACUUUUGCACAAAAUAUAGUGAAGUUUUACACUAAAUUCCAGUCACAGAAAAAAUGGGAAGAAUUAGCUAUAGAAAUAUUAGAAGAUUUAUAUGAUAUAUUUGAAAGAAAUGAUCCUUUCUUCUUGUACUACAAUGAUGCCUACUGGCGUCUCAAUUUGACAUCUCCAAUAGCAAAACUGACUUAUGAAGAAAGUCCUUUACCUAAACCAGGAAAGAUAGAUAACAAGUUAUACUUUGAAAAACAUUAUCCAUGAGUAUAUUACAGUAACAAUGAAAAUGUUUCACCAAAGAAAUUCUGAUUUCAGUAUUUUGUAAAUAGAAGCAUAUUUGAUUGGUAAAUAAAAGAUUCUACAACGGAAGACAGGUUUUAAAGAAUUAUGUGGUGAAGUUUGAGAUCUUCAAUAAAGUAAU